AUGGGCUCAGAACAAGCCUUAAGUGAGGUUGAUGACUCCUCCAGGGAGCGGUACGGGAGGCUUAAGCGUUUGGUUAAGAAAUUCCUUGAUGAUGAUGACGUGCCACAAGAGCCCCUACCUUUGCUCCAAGAAUGCGCAGAAAUAUGGUCUAGCUAUAUCGACGCAUGCAAUGAUAUAACCACGCAGGCCCCCAAAGAAGACGUUAACCGUUUGUCAAAAGCGUUCCUCCGAUUGAAUGAAACCGCUUUCCUAUAUUACAUGAUCGUAUAUACGCUCUUGGAGGAUACUCUACCGAAAUUAAAGGAAUUUUCGAGCAACAAGGACAAUAACAUCAGGGAUAUGUACGGGGAGAAAACCCAACUUUUGCAUAAUGACCCAAAUAUUGAGCGCAUUCGAAAUGUUAUUGAGAACUACCCUAAAUUGGUACAUUUGCAAACCAUAGACCCUGGCAAAUUGAGUUCAAUGUUGCAUUUCCAUGGUGACACCCUAUUACUUAUCGAUGUACGUCCCAGACCUGAAUUCGUCAAGGCCCAUAUUAAAUGCAAAAACAUCAUAUGCAUCGAGCCUGCCUCAUUUAAAGAUUAUUUUACAGAUCAACAAAUUGAAAACGUCUCUUUGAUCACCUCACCAAAGUCAGAUAUCGAUCUCUUUUCAAAUAGAAACAAGUUUAAGUUUAUUGUCGUGUAUGCUGACACACAAUUGAAUAAUAAUUUCCAGCAAAGGCAAACUCGUAUCCUUGCAAAAAUUCUGUCUCAACAUUCUGUCAUUAAACCGCUGAGUGGGACGAAAGUUCUCAUUUUGGAAACCGGGUUUUCAAACUGGAUUAGGUUAGGUGGAGCGUAUCAAUCAUCUGUAACUGAAACAGUCCAUCUUACAUCCUCCUCUUCGACGCCAGCUUUUGGCAAUCCGCACGUACCAGUGGGCUUGUUUAACCAGAAAUCUCUCUCUCCAACCAAAGGCAAGAGCAUUCCGAUGGUGUCCAUGAACACCCAGCCUUUGUUAGCAACAGUACAAAGGCCUCAAUUACCCUUAUACUAUCCAGAGGUUCCCAUAAUACCGCAGUCAAGACCGGAUAGAGACUCCUCCACCUUUCAAAAUAUUAGCCCACAUCGAUCAACCGCACUCUCAAAAAUCAAUUCCCCAUCAGUCAUCCAAAGUAAAUUCAACAAUAUGGAAAAAGUAUCUCCAGAUAUUCGUGCUACGCAGGUUCGUGCCCAUUUGACCCCCGCAUUUGAUGUAUUUCAGCCGCGUAUCCCGCCUUUACCACAGCAGGAUUUGUCUUCAUCGAGGCAGACCAUUCUUAACAACUCACAAGUGCUUGAUCUAGAUUUCAUCGUGGGGUUGGAGAAUAUGGGUAAUUGUUGUUACAUGAACUGUAUACUUCAAUGUCUGGUUGGGACACACGAUUUGGUUCGGAUGUUCUUGGAUAACACGUAUUUGAAUUUUAUUAAUUUUGAUAGUUCGAGAGGUUCCAAGGGAUUGCUAGCUAAAAGCUUCGCCAUUUUGGUCAAUAGUAUGCACAGGCACGGUGCAUUCACACCCCCUAAUAUAAGAACAACACCAGUUCAGACUAUUCAAUUUAAAAAAAUUUGCGGCCACAUCAACUCCAUUUUCAGUGAUUCGAUGCAGCAAGAUUGUCAAGAAUUUUGUCAGUUCUUACUUGAUGGAUUACAUGAGGAUUUGAACCAGAAUGGCGGCAAAAAGCAUCUCAAACAGUUGUCUGAGGAGGAAGAAAGAAUGAGAGAAAAAAUGUCUAUACGGAAAGCUAGUGCUCUUGAGUGGGAAAGGUUUUUACUUACCGAUUUCAGUGCAAUAAUUGACCUUUUUCAAGGACAAUACGCGUCUAGGCUACAAUGCCAAGUUUGUGAACAUACUUCGACAACUUAUCAAACAUUCUCUGUCCUUUCCGUUCCUGUUCCACGUGUUAAAACUUGUAACAUAUUGGAUUGUUUCCGGGAAUUUACCAAAUGUGAAAGGUUAGGUGUCGAUGAACAAUGGUCAUGUCCUAAGUGCUUGAAAAAGCAGCCUUCCACUAAGCAACUUAAAAUUACUAGAUUACCUAAGAAAUUAAUCAUUAAUUUGAAAAGGUUUGACAAUCAAAUGAACAAAAACAAUGUAUUUGUGCAAUAUCCUUACUUCUUGGAUCUUACACCAUAUUGGGCAAGAGAUUUUAACCAUGAAACUAUUGUAAAUGAGGAUAUUCCCACCAGAGGCCAAGUACCACCAUUCAGAUACAGACUGUAUGGGGUUGCAUGCCAUUCGGGGAGUUUGUGUGGGGGGCAUUAUACUUCAUACGUUUAUAAGGGACCAAAAAAGGGUUGGUACUUCUUCGAUGACUCACUUUAUCGUCCUAUAACGUUUAAUACUGAAUUUAUCACACCCAAUGCAUAUGUUUUAUUUUACGAAAGAAUCUUUUGA